AUGUUAAAACCCCACAAAAGCCCUCAACUAGUCAACUUCCUCCCAAGUCCUCACCCUAACAUUUCAGUGCUGCUUUGUCUUUUCUCAAAAACGGCGUCUCGCUUCAGAUUUCUCUCAAAACCAGCGUUCUCUAUCGUCAAAUCCACCCUUAACAAACCAACCCUUAAACCCAAAACUCUCUAUCCUCUACUCCCUGCUCGCUCCUCUACCACAUUCUCAAGGCCUAUUUCUCAAUUGGGUUGUCUCCAAUCUUUGCUGCCUCUCCACUCAGCUGUGUCUUCAGCUCGGUUAACGUCGUGUCUGGGAAUCGAUUCGAGGAGCUCUAGCUCAUUGUCUCAGGAACUAGGUCUCAGUGUGCCUUGAUAACAUAGCAAAACUGGAAGUACCGCAUGAUGGAUCAGAGUCGUCGCUUUCCAUUUUAUGAUCAUGUCCAUUUGGAGACUUCUUAUAUUUCAUAAGUAUUUCCUGUUCAACAUUAGUUGAAGUUAAUUUUCGAGUCUUGGAUGCUGGAUAUAAGUUUAUACUGCAAGAGCCAAGAGGUCUAUUCACAGUUGCACAACUUUGGAAAUUCUUCAGAUUUCAGUUUUGGCAGUUGAUUGAACUGUGUUUCUUUAAAUUAUAGAAUUGUUUUUUGCAGGUACCUCAUUUCUCUCGUGACUUUUAAAUUAUAGAAUUGCUU